AUGCGCUUCUUUUUGGGGAAGGUGGAGGGGAGAGCUGUCUUGGCUGCUGUCUGCAUCCUUUUGCUCCCCUGCUCACACAGUGCCCCAGGCCCUCAGCUGUUGCUGUGCCAGUCACACGAGCGAUGUGGGAACCAGUUCUACGACCCCCGGCAGGACUGUUGCUAUGACGAUGCCGUGGUACCCUUGGGCAGGACCCAGAAGUGCGGAAACUGUACCUUUAGGGUCUGCUUCGAGCAGUGCUGCCCGUGGUUGGUCAACAGGCCCCAGGAGUCCUUCGUGGUGAAGGUGAAAGGUCACAGUUGUUACUCAGCCCCAUCCUCGGAUGAUCGGGUUUGUAGCAGUGUUGGCUGA